AUGCAUCAGAAAACCCACAUGGGAGAGAAACCCCAUAAAUGCUUGGACUGUGGGAAAGCUUUCAGUCAGAAUUCAUACCUUAUUGAACAUAGGAGAAUCCACACAGGAGAGAGACCGUAUAAAUGCCUUGAGUGUGGGAAAAAUUUCAUUUGUCGUUCACACCUUGCUAAACAUAGGAGAAUCCACACGGGUGCCAAACCCUAUAAAUGCCUCGACUGUGGGAAAAGUUUCAUUGACAGUACAAAACUUAUUAGACAUCAGGCAAUCCACACAGGAGCGAGACCUCAUAAAUGCUUGGACUGUGGGAAAAGCUUCAUUCAGAAGAUACACCUUAUUACACACCAGAGACUGCACACAGGGGAGAGACCCUAUACAUGCCUUGAGUGUGGGAAAAGUUUCAAUUUGAAAUCAACCCUUAAUACACAUCAGAAAACCCACACAGGAGAGAAACCGCAUAAAUGCUUGGACUGUGGGAAAACUUUCGGUCAGCGCUCACAGCUUACUAAACAUAGGAGAAUCCACACAGGAGAGAGACCGUACAAAUGCUUUGGGUGUGGGAAAAAUUUCAUUAGCCGCUCACACCUUAUUAAGCAUCAGAGAAUCCACACAGGUGCCAAACCCUAUAAAUGCCUCGACUGUGGGAAAAGUUUUGUUGACAGAACAAAACUUACUAGACAUCAGGCAAUCCACACAGGAGAGAGACCCCAUAAAUGCUUGGACUGUGGGAAAAGCUUCAGUAAGAAGUCAAACUUUAUUAGGCACCGGAGACUGCACACAGGAGAAAAACCCUAUAAAUGCCUUGAGUGUGGGAAAAGUUUUAGUCAAACUUCAAACCUUAUUGCACAUCAGAGGACCCACACAGGAGAGAGACCCUAUAAAUGCCUUGAGUGUGGGAAAAGUUUCAGUUUGAAAUCAACCCUUAAUACACAUCAGAAAACCCACACAGGAGAGAAAACCCAUAAAUGCCUUGACUGUGGGAAAGCUUUCAGUCAGAGCUCACAGCUUACUAAACAUGGGAGAAUCCACACAGGAGAGAGACCGUAUAAAUGCCUUGACUGUGGGAAAGAUUUCAUGGAAAGUUCAUCCCUUACUAAACAUAGGAGAAUCCACACAGGAGAAACACCCUACAAAUGCCCUGAGUGUGGGAAAAGUUUUAGUCAGAGCUCACACCUUAUUGCACAUCAGAGAAUCCACACAGGAUUACGACCCCAUAAAUGCCCUGAGUGUGGGAAAAGUUUCAUUUGCCGUUCAAACCUUAUUAAGCAUCAGAGGAUCCACACUGGUGACAAAUCCUAUAAAUGCUUCAAUUGUGGGAAAAGUUUCCUUGACAGAACAAAACUUAUUACACAUCAGGCAACCCAUACAGGAGAAAGACCCCAUAAAUGCUUGGACUGUGGGAAAAACUUCAUUCAGAAGUCACAACUUAUUAGACACCAGAGAGUGCAUACAGGAGAGAGACCCUUUAAAUGCUUUGACUGUGGGAAAGCUUUCAGGCAGCACUCACACCUUAUUACUCAUCAGAGAAUCCACACAGGCGACAAACCCUAUAAAUGCCUUGACUGUGGGAAAAGUUUUGUUUACAGAACAAAACUUACUGAUCAUCAGAAAACCCACACGGGAGAGAAACCCCAUAAAUGCUUGGACUGUGGGAAAACUUUCAGUCAGCGCUCGUACCUUACUCGACAUGGGAGAAUCCACAUGAGGGAGAGACCUUAUAAAUGCCUUGAGUGUGGGAAAAGCUUCAGUAAGAGCUCGGAGCUCACCAAACAUCAGAAAAUCCACAAAGGUGAGAGACCCCAGCAAUAGCCUGACUGCAGAAGAUGAUUCAGCUCGACUUCACACAUCAGUGAUCCACAAAACAGAGAGACCUUGAAUGUGGGAGAAGCUUCAUUAGGUGCUCCUGGAGUAUCAGGCAUCUGCAAAUCCGCACAGGGAAGAAACCUCUGAGAUGUUCUCAGUGUGGAAAAUGCUCCAAGUAGAGCUGACAUCAGAGACUCCUUCACACAGCAGGGACAUUCUCUGAGUGUCCUGAUGAGGGCUGGCCAUGGUGACAAACCCAUUUUCUCAUUCCCACACACAUCAGGGGCAUUUGACUCCCAAGGAUCCAGCUGCCCAUCGCUGGGGUGAGGAUCCAGCAGCAGCUGAGCAGUGAGGCUAGAAGUGAAGCUGGUUUAGCCACUUCACAAGAAAAUGAGUACAUUUAUUUUCCUGAUUUUGAGUCUUAAAAGAUUCUUUGAGAUUUCACUUUAUGAAUGUGAAUGUAUUUUAUAGCUCACCCUGGACUGUGGGUUUUUCUCUCUUUGUGAAGGCCGUGAGGUCACGUACUUUGAUAUUAGUUUAGUUUGACAGGAUGUAGCUCAGGUUUAUUGAGGACUGAAGGAAACACAUGAUCGUUUGUUGGGAUCGUCCUUUUUUAGAUUUUAUUUUAAUUUUUAUCUAACGCUUUGUCUUGAGAUAUUUUUGUGUGGUUUGAACAAUGACAGUGUCAGUAUCUCUCAGCACAAACACGGAUGGUGCGAGCUAGAUUCAGAAUGCAAGAGGCAGAGACUGAAAUGGAGACUAAAGUUACUGCCUGAUCCCUGCAGUGAUGUGAGAUACUGCUGGGAGGGGAAGAAGGCAGGAACAGCGGAGCUGGGAAACUGCUGGGUUCGCUCCUGAGAGCCCGACGGCUGAGGCUGAGAACUGUGAACUCGCUGCAUCACAGCCACAUAGCGACUACACUUAGCUUGUCAGUUUCAUGUGAAGCUGCCCCUGAAAUCUAAAGGACCAUGAAUGACACCCCAAAAAUGAUAGGGGAAGGAGUCAGCAUCUCCCCGAUGCUGAGGUUGGGCGCAGGCAAGAAGGGAGCCUAGGAUGUCAACAGACCGGGGCAGCCUUGAAGUCAGGCCGACCCCCAUCGAUAAGCCCGGAGUCCGACCAGGUGAUCGAUCCGCUGGUGCCGGCCGACACCCAAAGCACCGCACCGGCCUCCUCACCCUGUCCGGAGGAGCUGAUUGUGGUCCCGCCCCCUUCCGUUCCGCAGGAGGACUACUGGGCCCACCAAGAACUCUUAAAAAGGGUGGCAGCGAGCCUCCACCUCCAGGCAGAGGAGAUGGAGGAGCCCUCAGACUCCCUGUUCAAUGUGCUGUCCCCCUCGGCACCGGGAAGGGUGGCCUUGCCGCUCCAAGAAGGGGUGGCAGGGAUCUCAAAUGCCCUGUGGCAAACACCAGCCUUGUUGGCUCCCAUCUCUAAGAAGGCGGAGCGCAAGUACUUUGUAUCCACUAAGGGGCACGAGUAUUUGUAUACCCGCCUUGUAUACUCCUUGGUGGUCGAGUUGGUCAACCACAGGGAACAGCAGGCAGUAGCCAGCCCCGACCCCUAAGACCAAAGACUCUCGGAGGCUGGAUGCUUUCGGGAGAAAAGUUUAUUAGUCGUCAAGCUUCCAGCUAAGAGUAGCAAACCAUCAGGCACUCCUGGGUUGCUAUGAGUUUAAUCUCUGGGGAUCCCUCUCCAAGUUCGAGGACUUCCUCCGGGAGCACGAUACAAAAGAGUUUAAGACACGAGUGGAGGAAGGGGCAGUGGCCGCAAGGGCAUCCCUGCAGGCCACUUCGGAUGCAGCGGACACGGCCGCACGGUCCAUGGCCUCGGCGGUGUCCAUGAGAUGGGCAUCCUGGCUCCUGCUCUCUGGGCUAUCCAGUGAAGCGCAGUCAUCACUGCAGGAUCUCCCUUUCGAUGAAAGGCACUGUUUGCGAAGGAGACAGACACAAGGCUGCACGGCAUGAAAGACUCCCGCACGACCCUCCAGACCUUGGGCCUCUAUGUCCCUACUCUGGCAAAACCCAUGUUCAAGCCACAGCAGGCUCCCACCCAGGCCGCCUUCCCGAAAUACGAGGCCGCCCAGAAGAAGCAGCGGGACUAUAAAAAACGCCUGCAAAGGCAGUAUGAGCCUGGGUCCUCUAAGGGCAAGCAGGGGGGUAAAAGGCAUUUUUGACGAGACGCUUGGGGGCUGGACGACUGGCUGGUCAAGGGCACCUCCCGAUCACAGGUGAGGGAUCAUGUGGCACUCCUCCUGUCCACAUGCACCGCCCUGGGCCUGUUGAUAAACAACACCAAGUCCACGUUAAUCCUGGUCCAACGCAUAGAGUUUAUCAGGGCGCUCCUGGACACAACGCCGGCCAAGGCCUCUCUCCCCCCGGACAGGUUUGAGACCCUGACAGGGCUCAUCGACUUGAUCGCAAGGUUCCCGGUGAUGACAGCCAGGGCUUGCCUGCAGCUGCUAGGUCACAUGUCGGCUGGCACGUAUAUGGUCCGCCACGCCAGACUCAGGAUGAGGCCCCUCCAGCUCUGGCUGACCUCGCAGUUCUCCCAGGCCACGGACAGAAUGGACAAGGUUCUCACCAUGCCGAACUCAGUGAUCACUUCCCUGCGGUGGUGGUUCGCCCCAAGCAACAUGCUCCAAGGGGUCCCAUUCAGGGAAAGGGCCCCGUAGUUGGAGCUGGUGUCCGAUGCAUCGGUCCUGGGCUGGGGGGGAUUUUCAUAUCUAAGGCCGGCGGUCUCUGCAAGACCUGACCCUUCACAUAAACGUCAAGGAACUCAGGGCAGUGCGGCUGGCGUGUAUGGCCUGCUGCUCACACCUGAAGGGCAAGGUAGUCAGGAUUCUCACGGACAACAUGGCCUCGAUAUUCUAUAUCAACAGGCAAGGCGGGGCCUGAUCCUCUGCCCUCUGCCACAAAGCCCUCAGUCUGUAGGACUUCUGUAUAGCCCACGACAUCCACCUAAAAGCCUUUCACCUGCCGGGCACUUAGAACGUGAGGGCGGAUUGCUUGAGCAGGGACUGCUCCUCUCAGCACGAGUGGUCUCUACACCCGGAAGUGGCCCACCAGCUCUUCUGAAGGUGGAGAAUUCCCCAGGUGGACCUGUUCAUGACCCGGCAGAACCGACAAUGCCCUUGGUUCUGCUUCAGGGGGGGCCUAGGGAAGGGCGUCACUCCUACGAAGUGGUCUCGGUUUUCUAGGUGGACAACGGACCAAGGUGUGUCCCCAACGGCCGCCCCGAUCCAGCUUAUCCUUGAUUACCUCCUCCGCCUGAGGGCCCAGGGCCUGGCACCCUCGUCAGUCAGGGUGCACCUAUCGGCCUUCCAUCCUCUGUGUGAUGGACACUGUGUUCUCCCAUGGUAUGACUGGCCGGUUUCUUAAGGGUUUGGACUGUCUUUACCCAUAUUCUAAGCCCCUGGUCCCGCAAUGGGACCUGAAUCUGGUGCUGACUCAUCUUACGACGCCCCUGUUUGAACCGUUAGCCACAUGUUCCUGGUCUCACCUCUCGUGGAAGGUGGCCUUCCUGGUUGCUAUCACGUUGGCCAGGCGGGUCUCGGAGCUCAGAGCCCUGACCUCCGAGCCACCGUAUACGGACUUAAGGACAAGGUCCAGCUCCGCCCACACCCCGCGUUCCUCCCGAAGGUGGUUUCCACCUACCACAUUUUUCUACCAGUCCUCUGCCCCAAGCCCACGUGACUAGUGAGGUGUGCUGUCGCCACACACUCGAUGUGAGGCGGGCUCUGGCUUUCUACCUUGAGCAAACCAAGCUGUUCAGAAAGUCCUCACAACUGUUCGUCGCCUCGGCUGAGCACGCAAGAGGCCAGCCGAUUUCCACUCAGCGGCUUUCCAACUGGAUCACCUCGUGCAUCCUCUCCUGUUAUGAGCUGACGGGUGUCCCCCCGCUGCCCAUUGUGAGGGCACACUCGACGAUGGCGCAGGCCUCACCGGCUGCCUUCAUGGCCCACGUCCCUAUACAGGACAUUUGUAGGGCCGCCACGUGGUCUUCAGUUCA